UCAGUACCUCGUGUCUGUGAUAUCUGUCUCCCACAUUUCUGCAACUCGCCACCAUGUCCGCACGCCCGCUCAAGUCCGCUCUGAAGAAACCCACAAAAUCCUUCGAAACCCCCGCUGCCGGCCCCUCCAAGCCGUCCUUCUCUGCCAACAAGCCCAGUCAAGGCAAAUCCAAAGUCAAGGCGACUGUCUCUAUCGCCAAGAAGCCCGAGAAGCUCCGUGGUCCCGACCUUGCCAGCGACAGUGAAAGCAAUGCCAGUGGAUUCGAGGACGAAAGCGGGGACGAGGGGGAGGUGGUUGACGAAGACGAGGAAAUGAACACCGAUGAGGAGAUUGAAAAGUCCAAGGAGCCUAAGAAGGCAAAGAAGGGCCAGAGUAAGCUACCAAUGCCCCUCGUUUACCUUUGACUGACAGUAAUCGCGCAGAGAGAAAAAGAGCUCCCACGACA